AUUAAUUUAUAAAAUGGCAGCCUUUGAAAAUGUCAACGCAUUAAAUUAAAUGGCUUGUUAAAAGCAAAAUAAGUAACAAAUUUGUAUUCUUUCUUGUUUCAAAAAGAUUUUAAAAAAUAAGUGAAUGAUAGAAUAUAUUUGAACACAUAUAUACUUCUAAUCGUAUUGAAUUCUAAACUGAUUAUUGAUGCGGUUUUGAAAGUGGUUGCUUCUGAAGCAUGAGCUAAGCGAGACAUGUAGCUAAUUGUUAAAAUCAUCAUUUUGGUGCUCAAAACAAAUUUAUUUCGUACGGAUUUUAAAUUCUAUUCAAGCUAAUGAAGAGAAGCAGCUUUACAACUGUUGAGCCUGCCUAUAAAACGGCUAAAAUUGGUGGCAAACAUAUUUCUUUGCAGACCAUUACAAGCUCAGGAACGCCAUUAACUACAUUUGAUGGAAAAUUAUAUAGCAUUCACCAAAACUCAACUAAUAUUGUGGGUGGUAAUUCAAUAACAGCAAACAACAAGAAACAUCAAAUCAUUCGUGCAAACGACGGUAGUAACAUUUUAUCUUCUGGGAAUGCGAACACUUCAGUUAAAUUUACGACAUCAUCAUCCGAAAACAAGCAAUUCGCGCUACCGUUCAUACAGUCCAAUGGAGUACUUAAUUCCUGUUCUUCUGGUGUUACUGUGAGGAGGCCUACAAUAUAUAUUAAGCGCGAAGCCCCAAAAAAAACUAUUCGAAGUGUAACUACGGAACUCAUUGAAAAAAACCCUUACGUUCAUCUAGGUGUUUCGGCAGAAAGACUCGGAAUUUUAAAAAAUGUUGUCUGCACAACGGCUAAUGUACCCGUCAUCGAUCUGUAUCUAACUUUAAAAAAAAUACGACAAAAUGAAGAUUUCUCCCUUUUAGCUGAAUACUUUGAGUUUUCUGAAAGUGAAGUACAACAAAUAUUCACCCGGACCAUUGUAAAAUUAGCACGAUACUUGAAAUUUCUUAUUCGAUGGCCAGAAAGUAAAAAGUACUAUGAUCGCCAUAAAAAUCUCCCAAUCGCAUUUCGAUCAAAAUUGUCUUAUGUUCAAUCACUAAUUGAAUGUGUAGAGACAGAGAUACAAGCACCAACAAUGUACCCAAGUGUUGAGCAGCUAGACUGUUCCAAUUAUAAAUUUAUAUUAACAAUAACGCCCACUGGAGUCAUAAGUUACGUAUCGGAUGCAUAUGUGGGUCACAACGACGAUCUAACGAUAUUUAAUGCGUGUGAUUUUCAAAACGUUAUACCGAAGUAUCUUUCGUUGGUAGCUGAUCCAGGAAAAGCAAUUCGUCGAAGAAGUAAAAAAGUUAAACCAUGCAUAGGGGAAGCUGCUUCAUCCGAAAAACCGGUUAAAGACAAACAGAGAAAUAGGAGUACCAAAUUAAAUGCUCUAACAAUCAAUUUACAAGAAUCGGAUAGCACCACUGAUUCUGCUGAUGAAAGCGACGAUGGUGACGAUCAGAGUACUUUAAACGGUACUGUUGGUGGAGGCAUCAGUGGCAGCACCGGAUGUAUGUCACGGAGUAAUCAACAUUCAACAUCAAAUUCACAUCAGACACUGAAUAUUGUAAAUAGUGAAUUGAUCUCUCGUAAAGUAAAGGAUUUUAGAAUUCCUACUGUAAGAGUGAGAGAAUCUGUGUGUCGACUACAAAUACGCCACAUGUUGUAUUGUUUAAAAGAAUUCAGAGUUUUGCAGCCCUAUGCCAUUUUAGAGCCUUUGUUGUAUCAAUAUAUUAAUGAAGUUCUAAUAGUUGUAUCGGCUUUAACAAAUUUGCAGAGGUAAUAUUUUUCAGUGAAUUUUCUCACAAUUUUAACUUAAAAAUUUGUUUCUUAAACAUAUAAUUGUUGAUAAAUAUUAAUUUUUAUUUUUUAAUUUUAUCUUAUCAAUUAUUCUAUGAUUUUAGACAUUUUCAAUUUCAAAAAAUUGAAUUUAAACACUUUCCAAAUGAGUGAAAAUAAAAUUAUUUAAGCAUAUGUAUUUUGUUUUAAGUAUGAUUGAACGAUUUCAUAAAAUCCAAACUUGUUAAAACGUAUCAAAAUAUUUGUAUGCAACCACUAGAAAAGUGUUUAUUUUCCAAAACAAUUAAAAUACGGUAAAAAAUAGAUUACCAGAUUGUUUGUAUAAUAAAUGUGUUCUUUUAAUUUAACGGAUUCUUUAAGCGAUUACGUAUUCCAAUACAAAUAGCUAUUGCGAUUGUUAAAAAAAUACAUUUGUGUUGCUGUCUGGAAACCGUAGUUUUUACUGACCGUCUGCUCAUUUAUAUUAUCAUAACAGCGAUUCCAUUAUUUUCAUGAAUUGAAAGUAAAAUAAAAAAAUUUCUUCUUAAGCAA